UAUAACUGUAGACAACUUGGUGAUCGAUUUGAUGUGUCAAAAAGCAAUGCACAUGGUAUUGUCAGAAAAUUUAUUUCCAUUAUGGAAGUCCAUAAACAUAAGUUUAUAAAAUGGCCUCGGGGAAAUGCUAUACAUCAAACUCUUCAAGAUUUUAAACAUCUUAGACCAAAGGCUUUCCCUGGUGCUUUUAUGGCCUUGGAUGGAUGUCAUAUUAAAGUUCCUGCUCCCUGGAGUAAACGUACACGAAUGAGGCAUGUUGAUCAACGUUGCUAUAUCAACCGCAAACAUGUAGCUUCUGUAGUUUUACAGGGAAUAUGUGAUAGCAAUCAAAAAUUUACCAAUAUUUUUGCGGGCUGGCCUGGUGCAUCACAUGAUAGCCAGGAUUUUUAG